AUGCGCGCUUUUACCUUGCUGAGCUGCCUGUCUUGCGCUGCAGCCGCUUUCGCGGCGCCUUUUCUGACUCAGAUUGAUAGUUCGACUUGGGUCUUUGGCAAUGACAUCUUCAAUGUCACUCAAGGCUCCACCUACGCGACCAAGGUCUACUACCGCGGCCACGAGCUUGUUGGCACUGCUGUCGGGCACUAUAUGGGCUAUGAUGGAGAGAACAACUUUCUGUGGAAAUCCGCGGCCAUCACAGCACAAGGAGACGACUACAUAGAUGUUGCUUUCACCACAUCCACUGGAGAGUUGCACUGGGUCAUCUUCGAUGACCUUGCCGGGUCUUACCAGUAUUUCGUCAAUAAAGGCGUUCCAGAUCUGAGCAUUCUGAGGACGCUUUGGAGACUGGACCCUACCCUAUUCCUCAAUGCAAGAACUUACUUGAGGGAUCAAGCUCUACCUGAUUAUUCGCUUUAUGCCAACGCCACCAAAGUGCAAGAUGAGACCUGGGAGUUGGAGGAUGGCACCUACAUCACCAAAUACGACUUCUCAGACUUUGUCCGCGACCGCGACUUCUAUGGACUCUAUGGGCCGGAAGUCGGUUCCUGGUACAUCUUCCCUGGUGGUGAUUACCACAAUUCGAACCAGCUGAGUCAAACGUUGACGGUACACCGGGAGUCUUCUACGGGCGACUCCGUCCAGCUCAAUGUCUUCCAGGACACUUCACACUUUCGAGUUGGUCAGACGACACCGCAACCCGUAGGAAAGAUCUGGGGCCCUUGGCUGUGGUACUUGAAUGAUGGCUCAGUUGCAGAUGUGGAGACCCAGCAUCAGAAGGAGCUUCAGAACUGGCCAUACUCAUGGCUGGACAAUGCAGCAUAUCAGAGCCGUGGAGAGAUCUCUGGUACACUCCAGCUCUCUGAUGGUCGUCCAGCAUCCGGUGCUGCUGUCUACCUCGGUGACACCGACACCACAGUCCGACCUCUGAUUCAAGGUAGCAACUACUAUUAUACUACAUACGCCGACGCCAACGGCAAAUUUUCGAUCCCCGAUGUUCGGUCGGGUAACUAUGGCCUGUAUGCGUGGUCAAAUGGUGGGGACAUUGCUGAUGUGUACACCAACUUCACCACGAGCGACAUUGUCAUUUCUAAGGGUGUCACAACUAACCUCGGCACCUUGGACUGGCAGGUCUCUGGACUGGACCAAAUAUUUCAGGUCGGCGACUUCGAUAAGAAGGCCUUGGGUUUCAAGAACGGCGGUCCGCCGUAUGAACAUGGUGAUACAGACAAGGGCCCAGCAGACUUCACUUAUACCAUCGGCGCCUCAAACGCGUCAGACUGGUAUUACGCACAGUCUCUCCUCGGAACGUGGACAGUUGACUUCACUCUGACCUCGGAGGAUGUGGCUAAACACACAAAAGGCGCAUUGCUAAGUGUGUCACUUGCCGGUUACUCUCAGAGUGCAGCGCUCAACAUCAGUGCCAACGGACAGCUUCUGGGGUCGUUGAGCAAGGACACUCUUACUUCCGACCCAGCAUUGUACCGUUCGGGCAAGACCAGUGGCGAAUGGCGAUUCCUUCAAUACGAGAUCGCCAGUAACGUUCUCAGCGAGGGCAAGAACACGGUGGACUUUACAAUUACCAGGUAUACUCAAUGGAGAGGCUUCUUGUGGGACAGCGUCAUUCUAGAAUGGUUGUAG